AUGGAGAUGCAGAGAUGGUCCACAAGGUGGAAAACGAGAAGGUGGCCCUGGGACUCGGCUCUAACCGUGCUGACCACCUUCGCUAUCCUUCUCCGGGCUGCAGAGGUCAGAGGAGCUGAACCCGUUGAUGUGCUAAAAGCAUUAGAAUUUCACAAUUCACCAGAAGGAGUGUCAAGAACAGCAGGAUUUUGCACAAACAGAAGGGAUUCAAAAGGAUCGGAUGUCGCCUACAGAGUUUCAAAAACUGCACAGCUGAGUGCCCCAACAAAGCAGCUGUACCCAGGUGGAGAUUUUCCAGAAGAUUUUUCAAUAUUAAUAACAGUAAAACCUAAAAAGGGUAUCCAGUCCUUCCUUUUGUCUGUCUACAAUGAGCAAGGAAUUCAGCAAGUAGGUGUUGAAGUUGGUAGAUCCCCUGUCUUCCUGUUUGAAGACCAAAAUGGAAAACCUGCCCCAGAAGAGUAUCCUCUUUUCAGAACAGUCAACAUUGCUGAUGGCAAGUGGCAUCGAGUAGCUAUUAGUGUGGAGAAAAAAAGUGUUACAAUGAUUGUUGACUGUAAUAAAAAAACUACAAAACCACUUGAAAGAAGUGACAAAACAGUUGUGGACACCAAUGGCAUCACUGUCUUUGGAACCAGGAUUCUGGAUGAAGAAGUUUUUGAGGGUGAGAUCCAGCAGCUGUUGAUUAUAGCUGACCCCAGAGCUGCAUAUGACUAUUGUGAGCAUUAUAGCCCAGACUGUGAUUCCCCAGUGCCCAGUGCUGCUCAGGCUCAAGAUCCUCAAGUUGAUGAGUACACGCCAGAAGAUUUUGUCGAAUAUGACUAUGAGUAUGGGGAUGCAGAUUAUAAAGAAACUGAUUCUGUAACAGAGGGACCCCCACUGUUCGAAGAGACAGUAGCACAAACAGAGGCAAACGUUGUUGAUGGAUUUGAAGAGUAUAGCAUAGCUGAAAAUGACUAUGGACCCCAGACAGAAGCUCCCUCAAGAACUACUGAAGCAAACGAGCAAAAUCCUGUUGAAGAAGUAUUUGCUGAAGAAUACAUAACUGGAGAGGAUUAUGAUAAAAAAAAUGAGGAAACUGAAUAUGGAAGCAGAGGAGUAGACCUCAGUGAAUCUGAUCUGCUGGUAGAUGGAGAUUUAGGCGAAUAUGAUUUUUAUGAAUAUAAAGAAUAUGAAGAGAAACCAACUGAUUCCACUAACGAGGAGUUUGGUCCAGGUGUUCCUGCAGAGACCGAUAUCACAGAAACGAGUGUGACUGGACAUGGGGCUUAUGGAGAAAAAGGCCAAAAGGGAGAACCAGCUGUGAUUGAACCUGGUAUGCUUAUUGAAGGACCACCAGGACCAAGAGGACCUGCUGGUCUCACAGGUCCCCCAGGUCUACAAGGUCCUGUUGGUCCUCCAGGUGACCCUGGUGAAAGGGGUCCACCUGGUCGCCCUGGUCUCCCUGGUGCUGAUGGUUUAGCAGGUCCCCCAGGUACCAUGUUAAUGUUGCCGUUCCGCUUUGGUGGAGAUGGUGAGAAGGGCCCAACAAUCUCAGCUCAGGAAGCUCAAGCACAAGCUAUUCUUCAGCAAGCUAGGAUUGCUAUGAGAGGUCCACCUGGUCCAAUGGGACUCACUGGAAGACCAGGUCCUGUGGGUGGACCUGGAGCAGCAGGUGCUAAGGGUGAAAGUGGUGAACCAGGUCCCCAGGGUCCUCGCGGUGUUCAAGGUGCCCCUGGUCCAAGUGGAAAAGCUGGCAAAAGGGGACGUCCUGGAGCUGAUGGUGCCAGAGGAAUUCCAGGAGAACCUGGUGCAAAGGGUGACAGAGGAUUUGAUGGUCUUCCUGGCCUCCCUGGUGACAAAGGUAACAGGGGAGACCGUGGCCCACAGGGACCUCCUGGCUUGCCUGGUGAAGAUGGAUCAAGAGGAGAAGAUGGGGAAGUUGGACCAAGAGGUCUCCCAGGUGAAGCUGGUCCACGGGGAUUACUGGGCCCCAGAGGUACACCUGGUCCCCCUGGACAACCUGGCAUUGCGGGUGUUGAUGGACCUUCAGGCCCAAAAGGAAACAUGGGUCCUCAAGGGGAACCAGGACCUCCUGGUCAGCAAGGAAUCCCAGGCCCACAAGGGCUUCCUGGUCCGCAAGGUCCUAUUGGACCUCCUGGUGAAAAAGGACCUCAAGGCAAGCCUGGCCUUCCUGGCCUUCCUGGUUCCGAUGGGCCUCCUGGUCAUCCUGGCAAAGAGGGUCAGUCUGGAGAUAAAGGUGCAUUGGGGCCUCCAGGUCCUCAGGGUCCCAUUGGCUAUCCAGGUCCUCGUGGUGUAAAGGGAGCUGACGGUGUCCGUGGUCUAAAGGGAUCCAAAGGUGAAAAGGGUGAAGAUGGUUUUCCAGGAUUUAAAGGUGACAUGGGCCUUAAAGGUGAUCGGGGAGAAGUUGGUCAGCCAGGUCCACGAGGAGAAGACGGUCCAGAAGGUCCAAAAGGUCGAGCAGGUCCAUCUGGGGACCCAGGUGCUGCUGGUCCAGCUGGAGAAAAGGGUAAGCUUGGUGUACCCGGAUUGCCAGGAUAUCCAGGAAGACAAGGUCCAAAGGGCUCAACUGGUUUCCCAGGAUUUCCAGGUGCCAAUGGAGAGAAAGGUGCAAGGGGAUUACAUGGCAAACCAGGCCCCAGGGGACAGCGAGGACCAACAGGUCCAAGAGGCUCAAGAGGUCCCAGAGGUCCCACUGGUAAACCAGGUCCAAAGGGUACUGCAGGCAAUGAUGGUCCUGCUGGCCCACCAGGUGAAAGGGGACCACAAGGGCCUCAGGGACCUGUUGGAUUCCCCGGACCAAAGGGACCUCCAGGGCCGCCUGGAAAAGAUGGCUUGCCUGGGCACCCAGGACAGCGGGGUGAGACUGGUUUUCAAGGAAAAACUGGUCCUCCUGGUCCUGGUGGUGUUGUUGGCCCUCAGGGUCCUACUGGUGAAACUGGCCCAAUUGGUGAAAGAGGUCAUCCAGGGCCUCCUGGCCCACCAGGUGAACAAGGCCUCCCAGGUGCUGCAGGAAAAGAAGGUGCUAAGGCUUGGGGUGGACCUGCUGGNNNNCCUGGAAAAGAUGGACCAGCAGGUCUUCGUGGUUUCCCUGGAGAGAGAGGCCUUCCAGGUGCUCAGGGUCCAGCUGGUCUGAAAGGAGGGGAAGGCCCACAAGGCCCACCAGGCCCAGUUGGUUCACCAGGGGAACGUGGAACAGCAGGCACUGCUGGCCCAAUUGGUCUACCAGGUCGUCCUGGACCGCAGGGUCCUCCAGGCCCCGCAGGGGAGAAGGGUGCUCCCGGUGAAAAAGGUCCUCAAGGUCCAGCUGGACGUGAUGGAGUACAGGGUCCUGUAGGACUGCCUGGUCCUGCUGGUCCUAGUGGUUCUCCCGGAGAAGACGGUGACAAGGGUGAAAUUGGUGAACCGGGUCAGAAAGGUAGUAAAGGUGACAAGGGAGAAAACGGUCCUCCAGGUCCACCGGGUCUCCAGGGUCCUGUUGGUGCCCCUGGUAUAGCUGGAGGUGAUGGGGAGCCAGGCCCAAGGGGUCAGCAAGGGAUGUUUGGGCAAAAAGGUGAUGAAGGUCCUCGAGGCUUCCCUGGCCCUCCAGGCCCUAUUGGCUUACAGGGUCUGCCUGGCCCACCAGGUGAAAAGGGUGAAAAUGGUGAUGUGGGUCCAAUGGGUCCACCUGGCCCUCCAGGUCCAAGAGGUCCCCAGGGUCCUAAUGGAGCUGAUGGUCCUCAAGGCCCCCCAGGCUCAAUCGGCUCUGUUGGAGGUGUUGGUGAAAAGGGUGAACCUGGAGAAGCUGGCAACCCUGGACCUCCUGGAGAAUCUGGAACAUCUGGUCCAAAAGGUGAAAGGGGAGAGAAAGGUGAGGCUGGUCCACCUGGAGCAGCUGGACCACCAGGUGCUAAGGGACCUCCAGGUGAUGAUGGGCCCAAGGGUAACCCAGGCCCAGUUGGUUUUCCUGGAGAUCCUGGUCCUCCUGGGGAACCUGGUCCAGCUGGUCAGGAUGGUGUUGGUGGAGAGAAGGGUGAAGAUGGUGAUCCUGGUCAGCCUGGUCCACCAGGUCCUUCAGGUGAAGCUGGCCCACCUGGUCCACCUGGAAAAAGAGGACCUCCUGGAGCAACUGGUGCUGAAGGCAGACAAGGUGAAAAAGGUGCAAAGGGUGAACCUGGUGCAGAAGGGGCUCCUGGAAAAACAGGUCCAGUUGGUCCACAGGGACCUGCAGGAAAACCUGGCCCAGAGGGUCUCCGGGGUAUUCCUGGCCCUGUGGGAGAACAAGGUCUACCUGGAGCACCAGGUCAGGAUGGCCCUCCUGGACCUCUGGGUCCACCUGGCUUGCCUGGCCUGAAAGGAGACCCAGGUUCCAAAGGAGAGAAGGGACAUCCUGGUUUGAUUGGCCUAAUCGGACCUCCAGGAGAACAGGGUGAAAAGGGUGAUAGGGGUCUUCCUGGCCCACAGGGAUCUCCUGGAGCCAAGGGUGAUGCAGGAAUUUCUGGUCCUGCUGGUCCACUGGGACCUCCUGGUCCUCCUGGUUUACCUGGUCCCCAAGGUCCAAAAGGUUCCAAAGGAUCCAGUGGUCCUGCUGGUCAAAAGGGUGACAGUGGGUUACCUGGUCCACCUGGUCCUCCAGGUCCUCCGGGUGAGGUAAUCCAGCCGCUGCCAAUCCAGUCACCCAAAAAGACAAGAAGAUCUCCUGAUUACAUGUUGUCUGAUGCUGGUGAUAAUAUUCUGGAUUAUUCCGAUGGCAUGGAAGAGAUCUUUGGUUCCUUGAAUUCACUGAAGCAAGACAUUGAGCAUAUGAAGUAUCCAAUGGGCACUCAGAAUAACCCAGCCCGAACUUGCAAAGACUUGCAACUCUGCCACCCAGACUUCCCAGAUGGGGAAUAUUGGAUUGAUCCUAAUCAGGGCUGUUCUGGAGACUCCUUCAAAGUAUACUGCAAUUUCACAGCAGGUGGGGAAACUUGCAUCUACCCCGAUAAGAAAUCUGAAGGGGUUAGAAUAUCGUCAUGGCCAAAGGAGAAUCCAGGAUCUUGGUUUAGUGAAUUUAAGCGAGGCAAACUUCUUUCCUAUUUAGAUGUUGAAGGCAAUUCCAUUAAUAUGGUCCAAAUGACAUUCCUUAAACUACUGAGUGCCUCUGCCAGACAAAAUUUCACUUACAACUGUCAUCAGUCCGUAGCUUGGCAUGAUGCAUCAUCUGACAGCUAUGACAAAGCGCUAAGGUUCUUAGGAUCGAAUGAUGAAGAAAUGUCUUAUGAUAACAAUCCUUACAUCAAAGCUCUUCACGACGGCUGUGCAGCAAGAAAGGGCUAUGCAAAGACAGUGAUCGAAAUCAACACACCUAAAAUAGACCAAGUGCCUAUAGUUGAUGUGAUGAUCAAUGACUUUGGUGAUCAGAACCAGAAGUUUGGAUUUGAAGUCAGUCCUGUCUGCUUCCUUGGUUAAGCUUAAGACAAAAUCAGAUCAACAAAAAUGUUGCACUUUGGUGCUACCAACCCACUUCAUGCCACAUGCAAGUUUUGAAUAAGGAUGGCAUAGAAAAUAUGUCUUGCUGUGUAUGUAUGUCUUAUCUAGAAGGUAAUUGUUGCCCUUGUAGGGCCAGAAUCACAUGACUUAAACUUAUUUUGCAAAGAUGCUGUGGCACAGACAGACAACAUAGGGCUCACUUCAGGAACACCCCCCCGCCUCUGGAUUCCUUUGGUGCUGUAAGAAAGUGAACGACAUGGUGCUCCUUCCAUUACAACAAAGAGGUGUUAAGAAAGUGUUUAAUAAAUUGUAAUUAUUCUAUGUACAGUACUAUACUGUUAGUUCUCUGUCCAUUUCCAAAACUUGCAUGUGUCUCUGAAUUGCAUCUGGCUCUUAUUUUAAAAUUACAAAACUACAUUGUCAAUAUUGUGUAUGUAUUCUGAAAAAAAUAAAGCUGUAAUUGCCAGUGAAGCCAAUUCCAUUUCUGAUUAAUAAUAAA